AUGAAAGCAGAAGCAAGCCAGCGAGAUCCUAACAAAUACUGUCAGUAUCAUCGAACACACGGCCACAACAUCAAUAACUGCUACCAGCUGAUCAGUGAGAUCGAAAGACUCAUAAAAAGGGGACACUUGAGAAACUUUGUGAAAAAACCAGAAGGAGAGAGGCCUCGGCCAAGCCCCACAGCUCAAACACCCAGGAGAACGGGAGCAGGACCGCUGAAUGAUGGUUCUAGUGGGACCAUAAAUAUGACUGUGGGAGAAACCGGAGGGCAAAUGAGUCGAAGAGGAAAGAAGAGAGGCAGAGAUGGGGAGAGCAGCAACGUCGAGGUCAUGCAGGUAGUUCAGCAUUCUCCAGUGACCAUCACCUUCUCUCCGGAGGAUGCCCAAGGUGUUCAGAUGCCUCAUGACGACGCUCUUGUUGUGGAAGCUGUCAUCCACAACUACAGAGUCAAGAAGAUUUUGGUGGAUGAUGGGAGUAAGGUGAAUUUGUUGCCGUACAGAGUUUUUCAGCAGAUGGGAAUCCCUGAGGAAUAG